AGAAGAGCCGGAGAGAGUCGACGCGGCUAUGAUACUCGAUUCAGUUCAGUCAGUAUACGUGUGCAAUUUGACCGGCAAAGUUGUGGAAUUUAUCCACGGUUUUCGCUGGGUGCUUCCGUGGGUUCUAGUGCCUUCAUGAUACCGAAUUUAUUAGCUCAGUUAAUUAUAUUUUUUUGGGUUAGUUUGAUUUAACAAGUGCGAUAUAAACAUUUAACAACGCAAGCAUAAAAGGCGGAAAAAAACGAUCUUGCCAUCCAAAGGAUCGAUUCAGCAGAAAAUCGCGCGCAGGAAAAUCGAUUCAAAAAAUCGAUGAAUCGACUAGAAAAGAUCGAUUUUGCAAAAAUCGGAUCGAUCUUGCCCAUUGCUAAUGCAAAGAAAACGCUUACCACAAGCGACAUGAAUUCUAUGGAAGUGUAAACCAAAGCUGAUUAGGUUGCCCCUACCCACACCCCCUCGUUGAUUGCUAGUAUUUUCACAUCAAAUGAAGUAAGGAGAGCUCAGUAGAAAGAUAUUCAACGAUGAGCAGUCGUGCCUUCUGAAAUGACGAAGAAAACGCAUGUUAGGUUCAGUUCCAGUUCGCAUUUCGGUUGAACGCGUCGCACUCAACUGUUGGUGCUGGCCUAGAAUGUGGUUUAACGUUAACGUUUGGAUGAUUGUGAUACAAUAGUGCUAAGAAUAAUUUCCUCAGCAGCAGGAAUAGUGUAACAAUAGUGAUUGUGAAGUCAAUUGAUAAGAUACUAGUGAAAAAAUCAAGUUAUUGUGUGUUCCUCUUUUUCGAAUCUGACCGUGCAAGUCAAUGAGCAAAACAAAAUGGCAAAGGUUGCCGUUGCAGAUAGUUUGGCCCCUGUGCAAGGAUUCGGCGAUACGAUCAGCCGAAGUCGCCGUGGAAGCAACGCCAGUUCGCGACUGCGGCCAGAUCAAUCGGACAGCGAUGAGGGUGGCAUUAAGCUGAAAAAGGAGCUUGGCCUCAUGGACGGAGUGGCGAUCAUAGUGGGAGUGAUCGUAGGUGCGGGGAUUUUUGUGUCUCCGAAAGGUGUCCUACUGUACUCCGGUUCCAUCGGGCAGGCAAUAAUCGUGUGGAUUUUCUCUGGCGUGCUCAGCAUGGUGGGGGCAUUGUGCUAUGCUGAACUCGGCACCAUGAUCCCCAAGUCCGGGGGUGAUUACGCGUACAUUGGCGAAGCGUUCGGACCUCUGCCAGCCUUUCUGUACCUGUGGGUUGCACUGCUGAUUUUGGUUCCCGCAGGCAACGCCAUCACUGCAAUUACCUUUGCCCAGUAUUUACUGCAACCGCUGUGGCCAACCUGUGAACCGCCGUACGAAUCGGUACGACUGCUGGCCGCUCUCAUAACCUGUCUGCUAACCGCGAUCAACUGCUACAACGUGAAAUGGGUGGCUCGCGUGACGGAGACCUUUACCGGUAUGAAGGUGCUAGCGCUGCUGGUGAUCGCGGCCGCCGGUGCGUGGUACCUGUGCAGUGGAAAUACGGAGCUGUUGGAAAAUCCAUUUGAAAACUCCAAGGUGCAGCCGGGUUUCAUUGCGCUAGCAUUUUACAAUGGGUUGUUUUCCUAUUCCGGUUGGAAUUAUUUGAAUUUCGUCACCGAAGAGCUGAAAGAUCCCUACCGGAAUCUUCCUCGAGCGAUAUGCAUCAGUAUGCCAACAGUGACAAUCAUUUAUGUGAUCACGAAUAUCGCGUACUUCGCCGUGCUGGCGCCCGAUGUUAUGCUGUCCUCGCAGGCUGUCGCGGUCACAUUCGCCGAUAAAAUGCUCGGUUUCAUGGCUUGGGUGAUGCCGCUAUUCGUUGCAUGCUCAACCUUCGGCUCGCUGAACGGAGCCAUUUUCGCCUCCUCCCGGUUGUUCUUCGUUGGAGCCCGCAACGGUCACCUGCCGGCAGCAAUUUCCCUAAUCAACGUAAACUGUUUGACCCCCAUUCCGUCGUUAAUAUUUAUGUGCCUUCUAACACUACUGUUGUUAUUCAUUCGGGAUGUCUUUACGAUCAUCAACUACGUCAGCUACGUGGAGAUCCUGUUUAUUUUCAUUUCCGUUUCGGGUCUACUUCGGUUACGCCAGAAACAACCGGAUGCUAAACGACCGAUUAGGGUAUGCCUGGUUAUUCCAAUAAUCUUCCUGCUAACGGCGGGCUUCCUGGUGGUGUUCUCCGUGUUCGAGUCACCUGCCGAGGUAGCAAUAGGCACGAUCAUCAUCGUACUUGGCAUUCCAGUAUACUACAUAACAAUCCACAAGCCCUGGAAAUGGCUGACAGCGAAAUCCCAGGCAAUCAACACGUUCUGCUCGAAAUUGUUCGUCUGCAUGCCUAACAGCGAUAAACUGGAUUGAUAGUUGUCUGCAAGCAAUGUUUGUAAAUAGAGAUCUUUUCACAGUAAUUGUACAAUCAACGAGUAAAUUUCCGUAGAUAGGUUUAUAGCAAACUUGGCUUACCACAAUCAAUUUUGAGAUGCCUUGAAAAGGUUAGCUUUUCUAUGUCUUACAUAUCGUAGGUAUAGAAUGUAGGGAAUAAUUAGCUUAACUUUUCACUGUUCGAACAGACACUGUUGAUCGAUUUCAGUUUUAGGAUUAGGUCAAAUGUUCGUUCUGCUUACUCAAGCAACACGUUGAAAGCUCAAACACAAUAAUUUAAUUUAAGCAAGGCUGUUCAGUAUGUGCAUUGUCGUAUUAAAAUAAGGUAGGAAAGUCGCAACCCGUGGCGCAUCUCUGACCAACAAACGCAUAUAAUGUAAGACUUACCUAGGAAAAAUCUCUUAUCGAUUGGUUACGCCAAUCGAUUGUAUUAGUAAUGGUAGACUUAUUGCUCCAGAUUAAGCUUUGAAGGUUCCCCAAUAUAUUUUACGAACACAAUUGGAUGAGUUUCUAUAUCGCAAUUACUAUUUCACUUGUAUUCUCAUCUGUAAAUAUAAUAGGCAAAAGGACAGGAAUCAAUAUUUUUUAUAUCCAUUUAUUAUGAUAGUAAAAUACAUAUAUUACUUACAGAAACCUUACAGAGUUAUUUUGAUUUGAGUUUAGUAUCUGAUCCUUUUUUAAGGUUUAAAAUUCUUUGUGUUGUAUGUAUUGCACGUUUGUUGAGCUGCUAAAUUUAAUUUUCACUGACGCUUCCAAGUAGAAUACACACCUUUUUUACAAUAUUUAGCGCCAUAUUUGCUUACUCUCGCUGAUACGAAAUGCUGGCCCAUUGAUUUAUCACUCGCUAGACGUAAUUUACUAAAUUUAAAUUCACUUUUGAUAUAUUUCGAAACUUUUGUGCUUAGAACUGUGCUGAGAGCGUGACCUAGCGAACAAAGAAGAAAUGGAUAAUACUAAGAGAAUUUGUCAGUAUCCAUAGGCGCCAACUUUAUGGAAUUAUUGGGGAGGCAAGAAAGUUUCGAAAAUAUUUGAUUUUUCAAAUUCUAUAGAACUUCUGAAAAUAUGUAGCUGAAGGAAUUUGUUUUCGAAAAGUUUCAUACUUGGCACCGCAGUUUUGAUAGUAACUGAGAGGAGAGACGAUCAUGAGAGGAGAGAAUAUUAUUUCCGUAUUAAAUAUAAGAGAUAAAUCAGUUGAUACUAGUUGCUCGAACAGA